AUGAACGAUGCUGAGGGAACUACUGCACCUAAGCCUGAGUCUCAAUUUACUGAAGAAGAUCGUGAGAAACUCGACGUUGAUGGCAAAGCUCUUGCUAUGCUACACUCUGCACUGGCACGAGAAAUUGACAUUGGAGUUCGAGAUUGUAAAAAUGCAAAAGAAAUGUGGGAAGCACUUUUGGCUAUGUAUGAAGGAAACGAAGAAAUAAAAGAAAGCAGACGGGAGAUGCUCACACAAAAGUUUAAUCUGUUCAAUCACUUCCCAGGAGAAACUCUGGAAAAUCAGAUUCAAAGAUUUGUCGCCUUGAUCAGUGACAUAAAAACUCAUGAUAUCAAGUUGGAAAACUCUGUUAUCAACAAGAAGCUACUCAAUGCUCUUCCAAGAAACUAG